AAGGCACCACAAGCCCAGCAGGGCUGAGGAGUUCGACCGGAAACAGCUGAGAGAGACGCGACUUUACUCUGUGACGGAGAUCAGGGUUUCUACUGAGACCAGGACCACAGGACAGAGCCAGAACCGAGUCCGACGAAAACCAGUUCCAGGACUGGACCGAGUCUGCGGAGUUUGACGGAGGACGUUGGUGGGUGGAGCUGAGAUGUUGUCAGAGAUGAAACACACCUGAGCUCAGGAGGCUGGAAAUCAGAGACUGAGGUCUCUGCUGUGUGAACAGAGAUCUGUGGAAUCUUAUGGAUUUUCUGGGACUUCAUGUUUCAGAUCCUGGAGCAGAGAGGGGUCAUGAGGUUCAGGUCUAAAAAUGAACAGAAUCAGUCCUUAAACUUGGUGUAGAUUUGAGUUCCUGCUGGACUAGACGGGCAGUCAGAGACAGGCUCUGUGUUAUGGGACCUCCAGUGGGUCAGGGAGCUCCUGCUGUGCCUAAGAUGGGAGUCCGGGCUCGCAUGGCAGACUGGCCUCGGAUGAGGGACAUCUGGGACUCCCAGCCCCCUCCCAGGUAUGACAGCCUGGUCCCGAGCUUUGUGAGUGGAACUCCUCAGUCUUGCACUCCGCUGAAGACGAGUACAGAACUACAAACCAGGUCAGAGACUAGGUACGCACUCUGUGAUCUCCUGAGUCCCUCCCCCAGGAGGAGUUUAAUGAGGAUGAAGAGGAGCAACAGUGAAGUGACCAUCAGUGACAUUGGGGCUGAAGAUCUGGAUCCUGCAGCCGUCAACCCAAAAACAGGGGCCACUCUGAGACGAGAGUAUGGCAGCACAUCCACUUUGGACCAGCAGAAUUCAACAGGUUUCAUGGAGACUCUGAGGUUGGGGCAGCAGCCCAGUGCACCACCACCGCUCCCUGAACCUCCACACUUCAAAACCCCCCUGUCACAGAGUCUGCAGACCGCUGCUCAGAUCGCCCAGGGGGACGUCAUCUACAUACCAGGGGAUGACUACGUAGAUGCUUCAGUGUUUUACUAUGGGGACAGGGAACGAGUUCAGAGGAAGACGGAGACGGGGAUCUUCAGCAGACUGAGGAGUCAGAGGACUGAUGGAGACCACAUGCAGAAGCAGGACAUGAGAUUCAGCAGAGGUUUGACCUCUCAGAAAUGUUUCUCUCAUUACGAUGUUCAGAGUAUCCUCUUCAACAUCAGUGAGUCCUUCACCCACCGAGCAGACCUCCGGAAGAACACCUCCGCCGGGCCCUCAGGGGGAUCACAAUGGCAGGAUGCUCCUGAUCCCGGUCCUGAUGUGGUGGUGGGCGGCUGUGAUGAUCUGGAGACAUUCAGUGACUGUGAGGACAGACAAAGCAACAGUCUAGUUCUCAGCUGUCCAUUUUUUCAGAAUGAGAUCGGAGGGGAAACAGAGAGGAAUCUAGGCCUGACUCGGUCCAGCUCCACCCACAGCGAGUUGGUGCUCAACAGCCGCUGCUCCAGCGCCGGUGUGUCGGUCCUGGAGGUCUGCAGAGAAAACCAGGUGUUCCCCCAAAACCUGAUUAAGAACUACGACAUUGAACACAUCGACCUUGGAGCCAAAUACUACCUGAAGUACUUCUACAACAGAGAUCACCAGAACUACUUUGGUGCUGAUGAGAAAUUUGGUGCAGUGUCUUUGAGCAUCCGCCGGGAGAAACUGGAGGACAGAAAGGACUCGACACAGUACAACUACAGGAUCAUCCUCAGGACCAGUCAGCUGUCCACUCUGAGGGGAUCCAUCCUGGAGGACUCCAUCCCGUCUUCAUCCAAACAUGGGACGGCCAGAGGUCUCCCUCUGAAGGAUGUCCUGGAGUUUGUGGUUCCUGACCUUAACAUUCAGAGUCUGAGACUGGCCACCAGUUCACCCAGAGUCCCUGAACUGCUGCUGCAACUGGACCAGCAGGAGCUGAAUUUCCAGCACAAAGUGGGAGUUUUGUUCUGUCGGGCCGGACAGACCACUGAGGAGCAGAUGUACAACAAUGAGACUGGCAGUCCAGCUCUGGACCAGUUCCUGGACCUGCUGGGUCACCGGGUCCGACUGAAGGGUUUCACCAAGUACAGAGCCCAGCUGGACACCACCGGUACCAGAACCACUUCCUGUGACUCGACAGGAAGUCACUCAGUUUAUACGACAUUCAGAGAAUUCGAGCUGAUGUUCCAUGUUUCAACUCUACUGCCAUACACUGCAAACGAUACUCAGCAGGUGCUACGAAAACGGCACAUCGAGAACAACACUGUGACAGUGAUUUUCCAGGAGCCCAACGCUCCGCCCUUCAGCCCCAGAAACAUCCGAUCACACUUUCAACAUGUCUUCGUCAUCGUCAGAGUCCACCAACCCUGCAGCCAACACACCUGCUACAGGGUUGCUGUCUCCAGGUGUAGAGACGUCCCGUCCUUCGGGCCGUUGAUCCCAGCAGGUCAGAUGUUUCCCGCCUCCUCCACCUUCAGAGACUUCCUACUGACGAAGAUCAUCAAUGCCGAACACGCCGUGCACAGGUCAGAGAAGUUUGUUGCCAUGGCGACGUGCAGCAGACGGGAACACCUGAAGGAGCUGGUGGAGAACUUUGCCUCGUCGACGUCGGUGGACUCGUCCUCCUCUGCCAGGUUCAGCUUCAUCUCUCUGGGCGGGAAGAAGAAGGAGCGCAGCGUGCCACGGCCGCAGGCUCACCUGCAGAGCGGCGGUGCACUCACCUGGAGCGUGACAGCUCAAGACUUCAGCCGCUCCGCUGCCAUCGCCUGCCAACUUGCCGUCUCCAGCCACGCAGUGGUGCUGAUAGAGGAGGCGACGAGACAGGUGGUGUUCAACUGUUACUGCAGAGAGGUGAUCGGCUGGAGCGCCGGACACAGAGGCAUCAAACUGUUCUACGAACACGGAGACUGCCUGAUGUUUUCAACACAGGAGGGAAGCUGGGAGGACGUCCGCGAGAUCACCCAGAGGCUGCAGGCGGUGACUCGAGGCGGGGUGGCGGUGGAGAUGACUCUCAGGAGGAACCGACUUGGUGAGCUCGGCUUUCAUGUGAACUUCGAAGGCGUGGUGGCGGACGUCGAGGCCCACAGUUUGGCCUGGCAGGCGGGCCUUCGCUCCGGCUGCAGGCUGAUGGAGAUCUGUGGGGUUGCCGUGGUAACGCUAUCUCACGAACAGAUGAUUGAGCUGCUGAGGACGUCUGCGACAGUCAGUGUAGUCGUUGUUCCACCGAACAGAGAUGGGACGGCGCGCAGGAGUUUCUCUGAGAUUUAUCGAGUCCAGGUCAUCGAGUACAAACUGGACUCCGAUGUCACUUCCUGCUCGUUCAGAGCACCCCCCCUCACCUGCCACCAGGUGUCUGCAGCCCCGCCCCCUCCCAGACACUCAUCCGAUCAGAGUGCAGCAUCAGAACCAGAACGGCAGAGCUCAUGUUUGGAUGUGAAGGAAGGAUCCAGAAUGCCUCAGGUCUCGUCUCCCUCCUCACGGUUCUGGUGCUCGCCGAGUAACCAGUCGACCUCCAGCGACCCUGGACCAUCUGUGACCCUCCAGAACCAGAUCCACGGCAGUGGUCAUCCUGAUUGGUCGAUGAGCUCUGAUGAACACCAGUCCAGAUUGGAGAGGACCAGGAGGACCAGGUCUACAGAGUCCAGCUGCCUUCAUCAUCAUCGUCACGUGACGAAGGUCCUGAAGGGGAGUCAGCUGAGUCCGACUGACAGACAGCUCACAUCUGCAGGGAAACUGAGUUCAAGCAACUCCAGCAGCAACACGUUGUCCAGCAGCAGCAGUGACGACAGACGCUCGGAGAAGCGAGGCCUCACCUGCACCGCGGCACCCUCCACAGACAGUGGGAUAGACUCCGCCCCCUGCUCAGCAUCCGUCCCGCCUCACGUUGCCGGGGCGACACUGAUCCUGAGAGACGUCUGGGGGGAGGGGCCAGAGACCCGGGGAACCAACGUGACGCCCUUACCUGGUCACGUGACCGACCUGAGUGACACCUGCUCUUUGUCCAGUGACUCACGUGGAUCCACCUUGUCUGGACGAAGACCUGAGAUCACCUCUUCACCUGAGGCUUUCAUCACCUGUGACCAGGGGGCGGGGCCUAGUCGGGAGACACGCCCAUCAGAGGGGGAGGGACCUUACAGAUCAGAGGGGGGGUCACUGCUGGAGGAGGCCGACAGACUGCAGCAGUUGCUGACCUCAGAUCUUCAGUUUGACUCUCGUCCAAUCAGAGAGGUCUUUGUCAGGAUGAUGCGUUCUGUUGCUGCAGGUGAACAGGUGUUUCCUGUUCAGUCUGUCCUGACUCUGACUCGGUCGAUGUCGGAUGACAGCCUGUACAGGACGACCGUGUCACAUCGCAGCAUGCCACGACCACAGACCGCGCUACAGCGGAGUGAGUCUGACUUUCAAAAUAAAGGUGAGCUCUGUCACUCUGACAGCUCAUUGGCUGAGAGGUCCAGGAAGCCCCUCCCACAGGUGACAUCACACUUGAGCUGGUCUCACGUGGUGGACGCUACUCGAGUGUUUGAAGUAACAGGCGUGUUUUCGUCGUUGUCCCUGCAUCAGGACGUCAGAGUGACAUCACAGCGCUCCCCCCUGCAGGACAGUGACAUCACGGCCACCUCCCUCUCAGGUAAAGUCUUCCAGUUGGAGGAGAUUCUCCGUCAGCUGCAGCUCGACCUGCUGAAGGAGCAGCAGGACAAAGCGGCGCUGCAGCAGCAGGUGCUGAACCUCCGUCAGAACAACCUGCGGCUGCAGGAGGAGAGUCAGAGCGCCGCCGACCACAUCAGACGCUUCGCAGCCUGGCUGCUGCAGAGGAGCCCAUCACCAUAGAAACAGCCAGAUCAGAGGACUGGGUGUUGCUAUGGCAACCUCAGAGCACAGAGGGAAACCUGUCGUUACCAUGGUGACCUCAGCUUGUAAAGGUUCCCUUUGACCAAUCAGAGCGCAGCACACUUUAUACUGAAGCUGACUGGUCAGAUGUUUGUCUUCUUUUACCCAGAAUCCUUUGUGUUUCCUGUCAGAGACUCUGCUGAUGCUUUUUACUGUUUCUGAACUUUUUCUGUUGAAAUUUAUUCAACUUCUUACUGACGACGAAAAACAGACGCGACGUUGUUAAACUAAACCUGUAUUUUAUUGAAUGAUGACAUCAUCCAGACGCCAUCAUCUGAUUGGCUGCUGCCUCCUCAGGGUUUGAAAUCUGAUCUGAGAGCAGUUUGCUCAGACUGACCUGUGAUCAGCUCCAUGAGUUCAGCUCUCCUUCAGGUGAGUCACCUGCUGUCUCCAUGAUGGAGGCCCAUGCCAUGUCCAGGUGAGUCCCUGGCUGGCGGGAGCAGGAAGCUGGACCAGGUCCUGAUGGGUCAUAUGUGGUCAGAUCCAGCUCAGGCCGGGGGAGUCCAGGUCCUGGUCCAGCUGAUAAAGGUCUGCCUUAGCAGAGACCACGUGACCCGGUGGUGAUGAAGGACUCAAUGAGACCAGGACCAGGAUUGUUGACAGAGACCUGUCUCAGCUGUGCUUUCUUCCUCUGUGGUGAAACGAGCUCAAACAUUGUUUCUGCUCUGACGACUUUAACCUCAGUGUGUGUGUGUGUGUGUGUGUGUGUGUGUGUGUGUGUGUGUGUGUGUGUGUGUGUGUCUGCAGGAUCAGAGUGUUUGACGUGUAAAGUGUGUUGUUGUAUCUUUGUGAGGUCGUUUGUUCAGCUCCCUGUAGGUCCCCACAAGUGGAGAUGAGUGUGUAUGUGUGUGUCAUGUUCGUCUGAAUGAACACAUGAAGCAGAUGUAGGUCACACACACACACACACACACAGUUACAGUCUCUGCUGUAGAGACACUGUUUCUCUGCACAUUUAGAUCUGAAGUCAGGUCCAGGUCCUGGUCCUGGUCCAGUUCCAGGUCCAGGUCCUGGUCCAGCUCCAGGUCUAACAGUUUAGAUCUUCAAACGUCUGAAUCCUGAUCCAGGUCUAUCCUCAAACCUCAGACAGGAAACCUUCUCCUGAUGAAGAUGAGUUAAACUUUUCAAAAUAAAAGCAGCCACAGACAGGUGAAUCUGGUUUUUCAGAGUAAAGGUCUGGUGUGAUUGACUGUUUUCAUUUUAACUUUAUUUCUUAAUUUUUCUAAUUGAAUGACUUUUAUUCUGAAAUGUUUCUGCUCCUGACAUCCUGUUGAUAAAGCGUGGGACUGUUCCUUUAACUGCGACUGUCAGACAGCUCUGUGUUAAUAAAGUUUUAUAGAGUGA